AUGCACAUCAUUCUCACUGGCACGGGCCUGGUGGGCGCUAUAGCUCUGGAUGCAUUGAUUCGCGAAGUCGCCGUUGACAAGAUCACCAUCAUCUCGCGAUCAACAGUGCCACAAGCAGAAGGCCAGGGAAAGGUACAAGUAAUUAUUCAAGAGGAUCUGGCGGUCUACAGUGACGAGACCUUGGCCCAGUUGAAAGGUGCCCAUGGAUGUAUUUGGACAGCAGGCCCCCCUCUGAUGGCCGUGACGAGACCAGAGUACGAAUACGGACAUAUUGACCUACCUUUCAAAGCUGCGAAAGCUUUUGCAACGCUGAAUGACAAGUUCAAUUUUGUCUAUGUUUCACAUGAUGGGUGCCAUGAUACCCGCUCUAUAUACAUAUUCGACGUCAAGGCUCGAGCUGAGGAGAAGCUUUUCCAGCUGCAUAACGAUACAAGCAAAAGGCUCGAGAUAAAGACCAAGGGUGGCAUCGAAGAGCAAGAUGCUCUGCCUUCCCUUGUGCUCUACUGCAUCCGACCUGCGCUUAUCGAUUACAGCACCCACGAUGCCAUCAAGCCCUGGCUGAAGCCGCUGCCAUGGACCAAGAAGUGGACCAACGGUGUCAUUCUGCCGCUUUACAGGUUUCUGGGACUCUCUAACAUAAUGGGCACCUCUCAAGAGCUAGGUCAAUCUAUGAUGGAUCUGGCAAUUUGCGACGGUCAGGAUGUAGACGUGGAAGGCGCUUCGCCCGAAGGAAGGUGUCUUGGUGCUGUCGGGAUGCGGAACUGGACCAGGGUACGGGAUGACAAGAUGAAGAACAUGUCGGCGUAUACGAACAAAGCUCCAACCGAGGCAACCUGA